AUGUCAGUGAAUACCGCAGCAAACCCCAAAAGACCGCAUCCUUCAAGACCUAAAACCCAUAAUCGCUCGCUAUCGCACACUAAACUACUAGGAAAGAUUGCCAGCUCGUCAAGUGCGGCAACGUUGAGACCCGACUUGAGCAGAUCAAAGUCGACGGAUGGGUUGUCCAAGACUCGGCCAAGCUCCACUGCUUUGAAACGGAACAACAAGUCGUUUACAAAAGUUGUUGCGCUACAGCCGUUGACCAAAACUUCCUCCAACCAGUCCCUAAAGUCCAACAAAUCCAACACAUCGUUAAAAGGCUUGGGCCUGUACACUGGUGGUAUGGGGCUCAAAUCAAGUGCCCGGAAGGGGAAAGCAAUAUUGCGAUUGAACGACGAUGAUGCCGAGUAUGAGGACCUCGACGAGCCGCCGGCUGCACUGGCUGCACUGGCUGCACCAGUUCCCGAGAGGUUCGAUAGCGAGGAGACUAUUUCGACGAUGCGUCUGAACUCUGACCAGAACAUUCCUAGUCUUUACGAACAAAUCAACCGUAUAGUGCCUGAUCCUUCGCCAAGUGUCAACGAGGUGCUGCGGCCCAAAUUGGAGGUCUUGCCAGAAUCAAACGCCAACGAAGGCAAUACUGAAACUGCUGAAAGGAUCACUACUUCCGCGCAAAGCUCAGCUGAAGACCUUUCUCAAGCAGCCAAUCUAUACGGCGGGUCGUUGCUACUAUCGCAGUCGACUGGGUUGGUGCGCAAAAUCGAUCCCCUCAAUGCCAAAAGAGCAGAAGUAUUGCCAAACCAACAAAUCAACUUGCACAAUAAUAACAACGGUGGUAGUAAUAAUCAGAACUCUGUCAGUGGAAUCUCCUUCAAGGCAAAUCCAAUAGAAUCAGCUAGGAAUGUCGCCGAGCCAGUCACCACAAACCAAAAUGCAAUUCAAAAGAGCUCGUAUCAACCGGGUCAGACAAUUUUCUCAAACUUGCAGCGCACAAAUAACCGAUAUCAUACGCUGGACAAAGCGCAGCGACAUGCAGAUGUCAGUCGUGGUGGCAAUGGAGAAGCGUUGCCACUGGCUAAAUUGCCUGGAUAUUCUCAUAAUGGCCCCAAUAAUUACAAUGAAUUCCUACGAAGUUCAUCAUCAUCGUCAGAUCUACACCCAGCAGCUUCCAAGAAUAUCGAAACAAGAACGCAGCAAAAGUUGUGGUUGCAAAGGGAAAGUUCGUUGAUGGACGUUGCCAACAUGAACCCUUCCAAAGCUGGGAAUUUCUCAAGUUUGUCGUUGAACAACUUGAUGUUUGCCCACAGUUAUGGCCAAAGUCAUGGAAGCAUGAGGGACCUUCAAAACAACGGACACUCUUUUAUGGGAUCUCAUGGCUUUUCAGCGUCCAUUGGACCCAUGACCCCCAUAACACCCGGUCCAUCAUCUGAAUUCGUUCAGAAUGGGUACAAUCAAUACGCGCCUCCCUCCCCCGAAGGCAGUGUUUCGACAAAUAAUGGUCUUCAAUCUUUUGUUCAGGGUGCAAAUCAAAAUUCCAUCCAGUCAAGAACAGAGUUUGAACGUCUCAAUCGAGAGUAUUUGAACGUACGGCGACAUCUCAACCCAGUAGGUGGGAGCCUAGACAGGUUGGAGUCUCUUCAAAACGGCGAUAUCCACAUUGAAAAGAGGUCGAAUAAGACAAACUUGGCGGGGAACUCCUUCAAGGACUUUAUAUCAGCAAGUGAAGAAGAAAGAGAGAAAGACGUAGCGGCGAAAAUCGGCCGAAUGUGGCAAGAAGCUGUAUUUUCAACGUUAACCUCGCACAGGCCGAACAACGCUCGAAUGUCCUCUUUUGGGCUGCAAAACCAAUUUGCUAGACAAGUGCAAUCAGCAAAAUCUGCAAGUUCCAGCCAAUUCCAUGCUUGA